UCUAGUGCAAUUCCAAAUUAAGCAGUUUUGUAAUCGUUCAUCGUAAUUCGUUGUUCGGUUGAAUUCGAUUGUCUGCUGCUAUCUAGUGUUACAUUUUGCCAAAUAUUUGUGUGUGCCUAAUACGAAGUGAACUGUAAAAAGCAACUACUUUUUAUUUAUGUUGUGUCCCAUGGUAUAUUGGUUCUGAAACAAGUGGAAUAUCGGAGAAGUGGUCAUAAAUAUAUCCCCAAGCUCCUUUCAUGUGCUGACAAACAUAUUCACUUCACCAUAAAUCAUCAGCCGCAGUUGCUCAUACACUUCCUUCAUGUAUUCAAUUGAAAGCAUCACUAACUCAAAAAACGCCUAAAUAACUGAAUAAUAAAUGAGUUUUGGUACGCUUCAGAUAGUUUCGUCACGUCUGAACAAUAUUAAGACCAGACAGCUGACAAGAAUUCAACCACGAAACAAAUCUAAACCAGCAACAAGUGUGCAAGCUAAUAUUGGUUAAAUGGCGAUCUCCGAUGUGUGGAUAAAAACUAUGAAUAGUGAAACCUAUUCUAGUAUUACUGUAGAAUCCUAUUGAACAUAACAUUAAACAAAUGAUAAUGCGGCUUUGAAUUCGAAAAACUUUCCACGGUAGGUGGUGUUAGAUAUGGUCGAUGAAUCAUUCCGUAGAGAAUAAUGUAAGCUGCGCAGGAGGAGAGAAUCACAAUCGGCACGUCGUAAAUAACAACCGGCCCCGUUGUGAACUUAAUCAAUCGAUAGCAAUCCGGAGUGCAAAAUAUUCGCGCGAGAUAAAAGCCAAUAAUUGGAACAAUGAACAUGGAGACUACUCAUUUGGUCACGGAAUUCAUCACCCAUACUGGAGCUAAUACACAAGACGCUGUCAGCUGUUUGAAAUCUUGGGAAUGGGAUUUGAAGAAAGCGCUAAUCGAUUACAAUGAUACUUCGACUACGGAAUAUUUCAACAACAAGAUAAAUGAAAAUGAAGAUCGAAUGAAAGCACACUCAUCUGCAUCCACAUCAACGCCACAAUUGUACGGAUCAGCUUCCACUUCUUCAAUGCUGCCGUCAGCAACAACGAGAUCGAUGCUAACAUCGGGUACAUUUAGUAAAAAUCAACGCCAGCAACAACCGCUACACACGCAACAUAUUCAUGAAUCACAAUAUUCAUACGUUACUAACGGAAGUGUGAUCGGAAGCAAAAACACCACAUUUGGUGAAAGCAACAGAAUUAGCAAUAGCAGCAGCAAUAACAUUACGACCGUGCAAAUGCAAUCUCUAUCUGCGGCGAAAUCGCAUCGUAAUUCACAGUAUAGCCAUUUUAACAAUUCCGGGUCUUCGUCCACCGGGGUUUCUAUGGUGGGGAAUGUGAAUCCUGAGAGCUGCAGCAGCAACAGUGGAAUGAACUACACGUCCGUUUUACAGACCCCGAUUGUACAUCUGAAGCCAAUGCUCAAGAAAGCCGAUUCGAUUGAUAUUUUUGAUAGCAAGAAAUUGGAACGGGGAAUUUCACGUGCUACCGAAAAUGUAACAUUGGUCUCGCGCGCCAGGCAAGAGUUUGAGAUGGAUUUUCACGCCCACAUUCACGAGCAGAAUGAUAAAAAUUUGAAUUUUAUCGAUACACCGGAUUAUACGUUCACCCUGCCCGACCUUACAAAGUAUACGGAUGAUUUUCGCAAAUUUCUCGAAAAAGAUCUUAUUGAAAAUUCAACUCUCAACUCAUUGGAAACUACAAACCGACUGAACUGGUGGUAUGAAUCAGGAGCCUGCCGUAAACUUUGGCCGCUGGCGACUACAGGUGAUGGCAACUGCCUGCUGCACGCGGCCUCAUUGGCUAUGUGGGGCUUUCACGAUCGUCGUUUGACGUUGCGUCGUACGCUGCAUGACAUUUUAUCGAAGGAAGAAUUUCGCGAAGCACUAUACCGACGGUGGCGAUUCCAGCAAACGCGUGUCAAUAAGCAGGCGGGAUUUGUGUUCUGUGAAACCGAGUGGGCUAAAGAGUGGGAGGAAAUUGUGGCCAUUGCUUCCCCAGAACCUAGGCGCAAUUCCAAGAGCACCGGUCCCUCCCGUCGACGAUCACUGUUGAUCGAAAAAAACUUCGACGCUCUAACUGGUGGAACAAGUUCAACGCUAGCCAGCGAUCGAGAAGACGAAAAUGCCACAUAUGAAAGUUUGGAAGAGAUUCAUGUACUAGCACUAGCGCAUAUACUUCGACGCACGAUUAUCGUGGUUUCCGAUGUAUUUCUUAGGGACAUUAAUGGGGAAGCAUUUUCACCUAUACCGUUUGGGGGUGUCUAUUUGCCCUUCGAAGUACCAUCCAAUGAAUGCCACCGAGCUCCAUUGCUGCUCGCAUACGAUAUGGCACAUUUUUCGGCGUUAGUAGCAAUGGAAGCAAGUAACGAUAGUCCACCCGCGUUAAUACCACUAGUGGAUGAAACGAAUCAACUGCUUCCGAUUCAGUUUUGUAUUGACCCUGGGAAGGAUUUCAAUUGGCGGGAAUACGAUGGAAGUGAUGGAAACUGGAUUCUUACUGAUCGUGAGCAUAUAGCACUGUUGAAAGAAUAUCUGGACAUUGUGCAUGCCACCGGUAUUGAAAGUCCUGACGAUGAAAUCUACUACGAUGAUUACUCUGAUGACGAGUAUGAAAAAAAACUUGCAGAAGGAGAAAUAGUUUUUGCAUCCGACGAGAAUUACAAUCAUAACGUUGGUACAACAUCGAUGGCGACAGUAAGCACAACUGCAUCCUCGACGGUGACACCAAUUGCUGGAGGAACAAUAACUUCCAUGACUGCUUCGAACCAAUCAUUACCGGCUAGUGGCAGUGGGAAAGAUGCUGGAAGUAAAAGCAAAGCAGCAAAACAGCUCCAAAGUGUUGCAAAACAAUUUGGCAGUAUCGGUAAAUCAAUGAGUCGAAAGCUUCGUAAAAACAUUGGUUCGAUUACACGAAUCGGUAGUAAGAAUAGCCACAGCGGUAACAGCGCCGGAGGUGCCAAUGGCAAAAAGUCUCAUUAUAAUGAUAAAAGUCAUUAUCGUAACGAAUAUCCGCGGUUUCGAAUUUUGUGUGCACAACUAAAGUCUCGCCGCCAUGAGUAUCAGGAGGAGAUGAUAAGAAAUUACCUUGAGUGUGCUCAAGAACGAUAUCUUGAAGCGGAAAAGAUGCGCGAUCGAAAAGAAAUCGAGCGUCUUACGAAAUACGUCGCCGAGGUAGGACAGUUUCGUGACCAUGAGCUUGAAUACGGCGGUGAUGGAGGUGUCACUGAGCUGUCCGAAGUUGAUGGAGGUGGGCCGGUUCAUUGUAUUAAUGCUGGCUGUUUGAAUUAUGGUACCGCUGCGACCAGUUAUAUGUGCCUAGAAUGCUAUGCAAUGCAAUGCAAAAGAGAGUCAUCUAACCCGAAAUGUGACAUCGAUUCGACGGAUUACACCCUUCGCUAUGGUACGGGUAAGUCCAAAUUUUAUGCUGAAGCUGACAUGGAUGCGCACGAUAGAAUACAAAAACUACCCUCUGCAAGGCGCUUGAAUGAUCUCGAUCAAACGCUCUACUUGUCACGCUCCACGUUCUACAAUGAUACAAAACCGGACGAUAUCCCCUUACCUACAGCCUCUACUUACAAACAAGCUGGUUUGGAACAGUCAUCUAAUGCGACUGGGCUUAUCCGACAAAAUUCUCAGCCGGUACAGCUUCAGCAUCACCUCCAUUACCACCACCAGCAACAACAACACCAUCAGUCCCAUUAUCAUAAGGGAGAAGAAGUGAAUAAACCGUCACAUCAGCAUCAGCACACAGCUUCUGCUGCGUGCAUGGAAUAUCCUCUCAGUGCCAAACCACCAACCGGUCCAUCUUCAUCUGGUACGACGACGUUCAGCUCUAGUGGCAUUGUAGCCACUGUAUAUUCACCGGGAGGAAGUGGACAUAGCGGUAGUCAUAGUACGAACAUACCUUACACACGUGCCGGAGCAUUGUGUGUGGUAAAUCUUCCCCCAGUGUCUAGCUCCGCUGAUUCUACAGACACUGGAGUUACUGGGCUGUUUGGGAGCUCUCAUAAUGGUAUAACAGGUACUGCACAUGGGUCAUCAGCUAGUACUAACGAAGCCAUUCGAUCGUUGCAUCCAUUUUCUUCAUCGUCGUCUUCUUCCUCGAUCGGUGUUGGUGUAGGAAAUGGUGGACAUCAAACAACACAACCAAUCGUGAACAGUAGUCAUUACGGCAAAAAUCAGCUAUGCCGCACGGAAGGGUGCAAGUUCUACGGUAGUAUCAAUACUAAUUUUUACUGCUCCAAGUGCUGUCAAGAGUAUAACAUUUAAUGCUUCCGUUUAAUUUCACUGUUCCCAUCAUCCGUCAAACAGCAUGGUUAUACCUCCAUCCCAAAAUUUGGGGUUGCAUAGCAAACGGUUUGUGGGGAAUGUAUACAAAAUACUCAAUUAUUUUUGUUGCUGUACGUUUUAGAGUGUCACUUUCACUUAUUCACCAGAAAUAAUACUGGCUGUUCAGAUCAAACAGUUGUUUACAGCAUAAUAGAAUACAUAAAUAUAAACCAAAAAAAAACACAAAAGAAAUACGAAGGAUACAGGAACACAAAGAUUAUAUUGGCUGUUGAUGUAGCUUAGC